AUGAUCAUCACUAUUACAGCUACUGAAACAUUCGUCUUAUGGGACAUGGCGGAUUUCCCACUCCCUAAGGAUGAGAUUGGUUCGUUUUAUAGAAACGUCGAAUCAUCUGUCCGGGAAGAGGGUUACACGAGUGAAGUUACUAUCAAAGCUUAUGGUCAUAGAGAAGGUUCUACUCCAGUAGAUUCAGAUUAUAUACAUCAGAGCAUCCAACUUGUCCGACUACACAGUAAAUUUGUGAGAGUUAAUCACAUGUUAGUGGAGGCGCUUAGUUUUGCACGCGUCUUCCCUCAAUCAAAUAUCAUGUUGAUUAUGAAAGGCAUGGGAGAGGAGGGCACGGAGGUUGUGAGGAUUAUUAAAGAGUUGCAAAAAAGAAAUUGCAAUGUUUUCUUAGUAGUUGCUGACUACGACGAAUGCCCAUUAGAGGUGAAACCUAGUUGCACCGUAUGGUUAUGGGAAAGUUUAUUAGAAGGAGGAUUCCCUCUUCUCUCUGUCUCGGAGAUGAAGAAGAGGACCAAGGAGAGGAGGAUCAAGGAGAGGAGGAAGGAGAAGAUGAAGGAGAUGAUGAAGUAG